AUGAAUAUGUUGGAUGAUGAAGAUGACCAAAGCUUUCACGCUACGCGUGACGGCUACUCCCAUUUGAGCGAUGUCGAAUGGGAUGCGGUUGAACGAAUGGGUUCGACCAUGGGCAUCCAUGCUGUUAGCGUCAUGCUAGAGGCUCUCAAUAGAGAUGCCCAACAUGCUACUAUCGCCAAGUUCAUUCAAAAUGAACUUGACGCAGAACGCGAGAAAGUAGCCUUGCUUCACCAACAAGGUUCUCAACAAGCAGAGUUGUUGAGAGAACAAGGUGCUCAACAGUUUGAACUGUUGAGACAGCAGCAGGCUGCUGCUGGCGGGUCGAUGCACUCGCGUCGGCCCGAGACUUUGAAGAUUGACAUCUCAAAGGCGCGUCGCAUCGACGACGGGGAUAUGCAAGUUGCAUUUGCCCAGUCAAAUCUGGCAGGACGUGCCAAGACUUGGGCACUGGGGCUCAAGCUGCACGACCCAUAUGCGUUUGGGUCGUUGGAAGUCUUCAAGUCGCGGCUCAGACAAACGUUUGAACCGCCUAGAGCUGAGUUCAGAGCUCGAACCGAACUCUUGAAGCUCAAGCAGGGUAAGCGUGAUGUGCACGCUUACGCUCAACAUAUACGACAUCUCACGAGUUGUAUAAGUUCCAAUCCGGUGGAUGAACACACGUUGGUUUCGGUGUUCAUGCAGGGUCUUGCGGAUGGUCCCGUCAAGACUCACCUGUUCCGGCUUGAACUAGAUUCACUAGAACAAGCCAUUUCCAUAGCGGAGCAGGAAGACUUCAAGAGCGAGAAGGCUCGCUCUACAGGCUACAAGAAGUUGCAGAGAUGCAACAGAUGUCAAAAGACAGGACACUACGCGUACGAGUGUAGUGCCCCUCGUCCAGUGUCUCGCGACACUGGGCGUAGUGACCGUCCACCCAUGAGAAAGGGGCAGGGACGAGGGUCCGCAGUUGGUGCAAAGACGCAACAACGGGAUGGACCGUCAAAAAACGGACAGGAUCAGUAG